AUGGUUAGGCCCGCUGGGCAGGGGCUGCGGGUCCGGGCGGAAGUGGGGCAGGCGGGCGGGCGCGAGGCGUCACCGUUGUAUAUUCAUGAGGCGCGCGCAGCUCGGCAUGCUAAUGAGGCGGGGCGCGGCGGCAGGCUCAGGAGCUGCUGGGCGGCGGCGGCGGCUGCUCGAGCGGAGCUGCGGGGCGGGAGUGGCGUAGGCGCGGGGUCACCGGCCAGCGCGAACGGGGACAUGGAGCCGUCCGGCGGGGGUCUGGCGCCCGGCCGCGGGACCCGGGACAAGAAGAAGGGUCGGAGCCCGGAUGAACUGCCUGCGACGGGCGGCGACGGCGGCAAAUCCAAGAAAUUUACUCUGAAGCGGCUCAUGGCAGAUGAGCUGGAGAGAUUUACUAGCAUGAGAAUAAAGAAAGAAAAGGAAAAGCCCAAUUCUGCUCAUAGAAAUUCUUCUGCAUCAUAUGGAGAUGAUCCUACAGCACAGCCCUUACCCGAUUAUUCAGAUGAGCAAAUUUUAGCUCUCUUCGAACAGAUGUUGCUGGAUAUGAACCUAAAUGAGGAGAAACAACAACCUUUGAGGGAGAAAGACAUUAUCAUCAAGAGAGAAAUGUUGUCUCAGUACUUCCACACCUCACAGGCUGGCAUGAGCCAGAAGGAAAGCUCUCGGUCUGCCAUGAUGUACAUUCAGGAGCUAAGGUCAGGCUUGCGGGAUAUGCAUCUGCUCAGCUGUCUGGAAUCCCUUCGUGUCUCUCUCAACAACAACCCUGUCAGUUGGGUUCAAACAUUUGGUGCUGAGGGUCUGGCCUCCUUAUUGGACAUCCUUAAACGACUUCAUGAUGAGGAGGAUGAGACUGCUGGCCGGAACAAGCAUGAGAUCAUUCGCUGCUUGAAAGCUUUUAUGAACAACAAGUUUGGAAUCAAAACUAUGUUAGAGACAGAAGAAGGAAUCCUACUGCUGGUCAGAGCCAUGGACCCUGCUGUUCCCAACAUGAUGAUUGAUGCAGCUAAGCUGCUUUCUGCUCUUUGCAUCCUACCGCAGCCAGAGGACAUGAAUGAAAGAGUUUUGGAGGCCAUGACAGAAAGAGCUGAGAUGGAUGAUGUGGAACGUUUCCAACCACUGCUGGAUGGAUUAAAAAGUGGGACCUCCAUUGCCCUCAAGGUGGGAUGCCUCCAGCUGAUCAAUGCUCUCAUCACACCAGCGGAGGAACUUGACUUCCGAGUUCACAUCCGAAGUGAACUGAUGCGCCUGGGGCUGCAUCAGUUGUUGCAGGACCUUCGAAAGAUUGAAAAUGAUGAUAUGCAAGUGCAGCUAAAUGUGUUUGAUGAACAAGGGGAAGAAGAUUCCUUUGACUUAAAGGGACGACUAGAUGACAUUCGCAUUGAAAUGGAUGACUUUAAUGAAGUCUUCCAGAUUCUCUUAAACACAGUGAAGGAUUCAAAGGCAGAACCACACUUCCUGUCCAUCUUGCAGCACCUUCUUUUGGUCCGAAAUGACUAUGAGGCCAGACCCCAGUACUAUAAGUUGAUUGAAGAAUGUAUUUCCCAGAUAGUUCUACAUAAGAAUGGGGCUGAUCCAGACUUUAAGUGCAGACAUCUCCAGAUUGAUGUAGAGGGACUGAUUGAUCAAAUGAUUGAUAAAACAAAAGUGGAAAAAUCUGAAGCCAAAGCUACAGAGCUGGAAAAAAAACUGGAUUCAGAGUUAACAGCCCGGCAUGAGCUACAAGUAGAAAUGAAAAAGAUGGAAAGUGAUUUUGAGCAGAAACUUCAAGAUCUUCAGGGAGAAAAGGAUACAUUGGAUUCUGAAAAGCAGCAAGUUGCAACGCAGAAACAGGAACUGGAAGCUGAGGUGUCCCAGCUCACUGGAGAGGUUGCCAAGCUGUCAAAAGAACUGGAAGAUGCCAGGAAAGAAAUGGCUUCUCUCUCUGCUGCAGCUGCUGUAGCUCCUUCUGGUCCUGGCAGUGCUGCUGUUCCCUCUGCCCUUCCUUUACCUGUUGACCCUGGCACUACUGUCCCACCCCCGCCUCCACCCCCUUCCUUACCAGGAGGAGACAACAUACCGCCCCCACCUCCUCUCCCUGGAAGUAGUACCAUUCCUCUGCCCUCACUUCCCCCUGAUCUGCCUGGGGGUAUUGCCAUCCCCCCACCCCCUCCUUUGCCUGGGGGUACUGCCAUUCCUCCACCUCCUCCUUUGCCUGGAAAUGCUGGCAUCCCCCCACCUCCUCCUUUGCCUGGGAGUGCUGGCAUCCCCCCACCUCCUCCCUUGCCUGGGGGCACUGCUGUCCCUCCACCUCCUCCCUUGCCUGGGACUGCUGGCAUCCCCCCACCCCCUCCCUUGCCUGGGACUGCUGGCAUCCCCCCACCCCCACCUUUGCCUGGGAGUACUGGCAUCCCUCCACCCCCACCUUUGCCUGGGAGUACUGGCAUCCCUCCACCCCCACCUUUGCCUGGGAGUACUGGCAUCCCCCCACCUCCUCCUCCUCUGCCUGGGGGUACUGACAUCCCCCCACCUCCUCCAUUUCCUGGAGGCCCUGGCAUUCCUCCACCUCCACCUCCACCUGGAUUGGGUAUGCCUCCACCUCCCCCCUUUGGGUUUGGAGUUCCUGCAGCCCCAGCUCUGCCAUUUGGAUUAGCUCCCAAAAAGGUUUAUAAGCCAGAGGUGCAGCUCCGGAGGCCAAACUGGUCCAAGUUUGUGGCUGAAGAUCUUUCCCAGGACUGCUUCUGGACAAAGGUGAAGGAAGACCGCUUUGAGAACAAUGAACUUUUUGCCAAGCUUACCCUCACUUUCUCUGCCCAGACCAAGACCACGGGGUGUGCGCAGUUGAGCUACUUUGGCUCAGGUUCCAGAUUGUGA